AUGUCGACAACACCCGGGUUCCGAUCCCGCAAGCACAAAACCCCCACUACGACAGCGCCAUCGUCAUCUAUCCUAUAUAGGCAUGACAUCAAAAAAGCGCCGAGCCCCGCUGGGCCCCGAUACACCUCUUUUCGGCACUCGCAUCCCGCCCGGCACUUCGACUCAGUCCCCAACACUUCGAUUUCGCCUUCGACGCUCUUCGACGCCUUCGACGGUGCGCGACGCUUACUCGAAGCUCGGCACGGUCUUCCCGAUGCCUCGUGCGUAGACCUCGGAACAUCUUCCGCAUUCGGCGAACAAUAG